AUGCCGUCAAAAUACUCAUGGGAUAUAGUUGGCUACGCCAAUGGUCUGGUUUGCGUACGCAACUAUACGGAUGGGGGUAUUGCUUUGUGGAACCCGUCAAUUCAAAAGUUGAAGAAGAUUCCCGAACCACACGCCCAGCCGCCAUCACCAGAAUUAGAGUUGCAUAACUAUGGGUUCGGGUACGAUUCAACCAAUGAUGACUAUAAACUAGUGCAGAUUGUGGAAAUGGCUAAUGAGAAUGACAUUUUUGUGAGUCACCAAGUUAGUGUUUAUAGCCUAAAAGCCAACUCAUGGAAAAGGAUCCAGGACAUUCCUUCCAGUGGUUAUGGCUAUCCAGUAGGUUUUUUUGACAUCGUGUUUGUCAAUGGUGCUCUAGGUUGGCUGAUGUGGGUCGAGUUAUUAGAUCCUCAGUGCAUAAUCGUAACCCUUGAUCUUGAGAGUGAGAAAUAUCGGGCGUUUCCCAUCCCAGUGGAUAGGGUUGACAUUAGAGAUCGUUAUACGCCAUACUUAAAGAUCUUGGGAGACUAUCUGUGUAUUUGUCUUAAUCUCUGGUCUGGAUGGGAUUUUUGGAUUAUGAAGGAAUGGAAAGACAGAAUCGUGGAGCCGGCUUUAUUCUAUUGA